AUGGCGACUCCUGUAGACAACCAGACUGUUCUGAUCCCUGUCAAAGUCGACGCCUUCGUCUUCAAUUCAAAGGUUUGCGAUGGCAUCCCUCCUGAACCUGCAGGCACUGGAGAGGGCAACGAACCAACCGAGACACGGCUUCCAAUCCCGACAGCGGCCAAGAUCGCGCCAAUAACCCAGCCCAACUACACAUUUUUGCGGCUGGACCGUGAUUAUAUCCAGCCUGAUAUCCAGAAUCCGGUUGACCUGAAUAACUCAUGGCCGUCGGGCUUCAAUUCACGUUUCACUGAUCUUGGGAGCGACACGACGCGAAAGCGCCGUGUCGGUGUCUAUUUACACUGGACUAUGCCACGGCUUUACCGCAGCGGUAUUGCAGCGGCUGGCCCCGAAGUCGCAAAAGGAGCGGAUUUCCGAGAUGCCCGGGCUGCACGGGGCCUCGAUGAUCUCGAAGUCGAAAAUGACAACGGCAACAAGAAUGAUGACCAGAAAAACAACCGCGGUGCGCCUGGGACCGCCAAGGGCUCGUCGCCCUCAUUUCCUAAAGCACCGACGCGAUGGCUCGUCAUCCGGCACAUCAGCGAUCCGGCAUCGAUUAUGCCGCCUGAGGCUCGAGGAAUCGUCAAGGAGUUUACCGCAUGGGUUGUUGAGAGCGACCGGCUCCGCACUCUCGAAGAACUCGGACCUGAGGAGGACCUGCAAGUCGAUGUGUCGCCCUUCAUUAGCGCCGCCGACGGAGGCGUAUCAGUGGCAGACCAGGCUGAGGUUUUCAUUGGGAAAAAGGAGCCUAUCGAAUCGUGGUCGGAGCCUCUUGACGCGCCGCCGCCACCACCUCCGCCAUCGAAGAAGAAGAAGCCGCAAUUCAUCGAGAAUUUCAGCCUUCUCGCCUCAUCAAAUCAACUCUUCGCUGACUACCAGCCGCACAACUCCAAUGUCUUCUCAAUUGUGGACAACUUUGAGUAUACGAAGGACAAGUUUCUGGUAACUGCGAAGGCGAGCUACUACAUUAUCGGCUGGCACUCAGUCCCCGCUGACGACCUCUUCGCUGGCUCAACGCUCGGGAAGGGCCUUGAAAGACGGCGGCGUCUUGAACUGUUGAAGCUACGUAUAAAGUUGGCCGACAAGAAGGACCAGGAGAAAGAAUUCAAGAACUGGCUCGGUUCACAGGCCGACACGCGGCUUUUGUGCCAUGGCGCUAUGUAUCACGUUAACUGGGAUGUUGAUAAGAAACCGGCCAAGGUCCCAGCAGAUGACUUCUCUAUACAUCUCAACAGCAGCUUGCCAGUUGCUGUUGGCACGACGCCUCUGGACGCGCUGACGACGUACGCGCGGGCGAUGCGCAAGAUAGAUCCGGUCGACAGCAUCCCGCACAAACUUGAAGAGUAUAUUGGUGCCCUUGAGCGACACCUGCUUGCGCGGGACGAUGGUGUCGAAGCACAGCAGCAGGCGAAAGAUCUGCUCUAUAAUUGGAAUUACCUACGUGGCGAUGGUGGCCAAGCGUGGCAUGCCUCGGGUGCUCAGGAGAAUGGCGAUGGUGGAAACAAGGAUCGCCCCAUCGCGCCUCCAGCUGUUCUCGGUAACCUUCGGCGACUGAACAUCCUUCAGAAACUGCUUGACGGCGUAGAGCGUACCACAGCCCGGCUUCGAUGGGAGAUGUUUGCUCUUUGGUGGUGGCUCGUCUCGGAUGCCACCAAACAGCGUGAAGUCAAUACGGGUCCACGGGUGCGAGACCUGCAUACAAGAGUUGGCAAGCUUGAGAACCGCCGAAGGGAUCUCAUCGCGGAGAUCAAUGGAUUAGCUGGGCCUGAGAAGACACCCAGGACUGUCCAACCGGGAGCAAGGCCUGCUUUCCACCAGCAGCGAGACCCGACCUUGCUUGUUGGCGGCGUCCAGUCUGGUUGGCAGUACGAUUACCUUGAUGAUCUUCUCAUGCGACUUGAAUCUCAGACGGUGACGGCGUUGGAGAAGCCGAAGCCAGUACAGCUAGGUCCUGAUAUACCAAAGCCCGAUGCAACGGAUGGCCCAUCAUGGAGCGAGCUUGAGACAAUUGUGCUUCCCAAGCUGCCGAAGGAACUCCGACCAGCAAUUAAACGGCUCGUUGACGAAUUUGUCUUGCUACGCCCGCAGACGGAGGAUCUUGAGCCGGCGCUCCCUGACAACGUGCAGGCACCGCUCUUCCACGACAAAAAAGAGCAUCGCAACGGCGAUCAGGUCAAAAUGGGACCCUGGCGCGACAACUGGAACAACACACAGCCAUGGUUCCCACUGUUCCUUGAGUGGGAGAUCGAGUAUCACCACGUGCCGUUUGAUCUCUGGACGCUGGCACCUCUCUCGAGCCGCACUCUCAAAACAAAGCGGCUUCGAUAUGGCAUCGACGGCAACAAGGUAGAUCUAGCAAAGGAAACGAAGAAUAAGGAUAAACACAAGAUUCAGGGCCGGGUGCUGAUCCUACCGCAGCCAUCAUUCUCGCUUGAAGCUAAGAUCCGACAACUCUUUGAUAGUACUCCAGCAAGUGAUCUCGGCGAAGACAAACAAGAUCAUAAGAAGGACAGGGAGGACGACAGAGAUGAGAAAAAUAACAAUGACAAGAACGCAGAGAAGGGCAAGGAGAAUAGCGGACUGCUCGACAAGCACAAACGUGAGGAAUUACUUCGCGAACUUCAUCAAUUGUCUUUCCUGUCAGCACCACUGGCUGGGCUGGCGGCGCAUUUGACAACAGUGCAACAGGGCAAUCACAUCAAACCUAAUCUGCGUCACGGCGGUACGGGCGAGGUAGUGCCCAUAAAGGAGGCAGAGCGCAAAGACGGGGGCUUCGAGGCCCCUCAACUCCGAAGUAUCGGCAUCGAAACUGACAAUACUCCGUUCGGAAAGUCCAUGAAAGCCUCCACUACGGGAGAACCACUAUUCAAGCCGGCGACACAUGGCCAAUUUCGCCUCACACGGCUUAACAUCAUCGACAAAUUCGGCCAGGCCAUCCACGCCAUUGAUCCACGGCCGAGCAAAAACCCGCAGAAGGUAUGGCCAUGCAUCGGUGAGUGGCUUGCGCCGCAGCUGAGAGGAGAUGGUACGGCAAGGGAGCCGAACGUUGUCGAAAGAGAUGAAGGCCUCUCGAGGAAAGAGCUCAGUCAUGAGGAUGAGGGUAAUGGCGAUGACGAUGAUGUGCGCGAUGAGGACCCCAAACCAUGCGAGUUCAUGCAGCUUCCGCCUCAGAUUAAUCAACAAGCCCGCCUGAACGCAACUUUUGUUGUGCGAGCUGACAAGACUGACGAUGCCGACGGCACUGAAGGUAUUAGCACACAGAACGGCAGGCUCCUGCCCUCCUCAAAAGUUUCAACACCUUUCUGGCGCCCAGCAGACGAGUGGGAGAAUCCCAUUUGGGGCUGGGUGGUCAUCAAUUACGCCAACACAGGCAUCCAGCUAUUCCUCCCGGACGGCACCUUCUACCGGGAGGUUCGACUCGCGGGACCAUCGGGGGCCCAGACCUCGCCUGAAUGGUUGCCCUUCCGGCCACCUAAAGCCGGCGACCGUCUGCCCGAAAACCCAGAAAUGCAGCAGCUCCAGCUGCUCGUGCAACGGCUCGGGGGCGAUCCCAACUUUCUCCACGCCUUCUGGACCAUGAUCGAGACGUCCACGUCUGAAAUGGAUGCCGCUGCUGCCCCUGAGGCUUACGCCGAGUUUGCGAGUGCGCUAAUAGGGCGUCCGCUGGCUCUCGUCAAUGCCGGAUGGUCACUGGAACUGGCAGCUGAUGCCCUCGCGAGCCAGGCUGAUGGCGAGCAGGGAGAUGAGGAUGGAAAUCCUAAGACUCGGCCGAGGAAGCCGCCCCAUGGGUUGUUACCGGGCACAGGCAAGGAACAGUACUCAUUUGGCGUCAAGAUUGGUGACAGGCAGCGUGGGUUUGAUGGUCUCGUGGGUUACUUUGAGUGCCGCGAGAGCCUCUCUUCAGAGGAUACUAAAGACCUUGGGCUCGAGCUCAAGAGUAUCCGUUCAGACUUCGCGCCUGGCGGAAACGAGGUGAAAGAAGAUCCUGAUCACCUCCCGCCUGUCGCACAUUCAAAGCUUGUGCAUCUUAAUGCAUACUACGAAAGUCCUGAGCCGCGCAACGUGGUAGAUGCCGAAGAGUAUGGACGUCGACACAACGCGCGACUCAAAGUCUUUGGAGCACUCACGGAUCCGUUUGUACCGCUCCACGUAUACUCGGGGAUCUUGCCCGUGCGUGAACUGUCGUUGCCGCCGUGGACAUGGCAGGGUGCCCUCGCGAGGAUGAAAGCUUUCUUCCACGCUGGCCCCAUCAUUGUCACGAAAGACGUUCCAAACUUUGUCGACGAUCGUGAGCUUGCGCCAGAUGUUGCUGUCACUUUGCCCGACGUGAAGCACGAGGAGGGAGCUGUCGGACUUCCGGCUGUGGCGGGCGGCGACUGGGCAUGGCUGCAGCCGUAUUACCCAGGGGAAGCAAAACACCCUUCGGCCGAGGACGAUGGUGGAAGAGCCAGUGAUGGUCCCGUGGCGUCGCCAGCUCCGAUUGAAGCGCUCGAGAGAUACAUGGCCUUGCCGGUGGCAGCUGAGGACGAGCGGGCCAGAUUUGACCGUGGGCCGUAUACAGCACUGGAGGGAUACCUCAUGAUGGUGGGCCGUGAAAAGAAGUCGGAGACGUGA